AUGGCCGACGCUGCUGCUCGCCGGGAAGCUCGUCGACGGCGGAUCUUGAACCAGGGCAACGAGCGGCUGCGAUUUAUCACGGGCGAUGCGACCGCCAUGCAAUCGCAACCGCAACAGCCCAGUGGUCCUGCCUUGCCCACUCCGCCCGCACAGCCACAGGCGGGUUCUACACCGUCCUCUGCCACGCCAUCCACCACGCCCGCACAGGCUGCUGCUGUGGCUGCCGUGGCAGAGCAAGCAGCACCUGCGCCGUCUGCACCCCUCUCUCCACCGGACCAUCAUUCCACCGCCCCGCCCUUCCCGUUCGAUCCCUUGGCACCCAGCGCUCCUUCAUUCCAACAUCUGCCCUUCCUCUCCGCCGCACUCGCCCAGCAGCAGCAGCAGCAGCAGCAGCUGGGCGUGAGCGCCCCCCUGCUAGGUCCCAUGCAGGCAGGUGCAGGUGGUGCGUUUGGGGCAUUCCAGGAGCCAGCACGGCCACAGAAGCGCUCCACAAUGCGCCUGCUGCUCUCCAUGCAGCAACUGGUGCUCGCCGCCCAGGCCACCGCGCCAGUGCGACUGGCUGUAGCCCUGCUGCUGGCGCUGCUGUACUGCCUGCGCAUGCUUCCACUGCACUGCCCGCACCUCACACACUGGCUGCCUGGCCUCACAGCAUCUGCUGGCGCUGGAACAGAGGCACCUGAGGGGCUGGCAGCAACAGCAGCGGGAUUGAAUGAAGCUACUCUUUCCUCUCACCCCGGGUUGUUAUCGUUCCUCUUCUUCCUGCCCGCGCACCCCUGUCUUACUGUGCUUGCCACGGACGCUGCUCUCAUCGCGUCCUCCUUGCUGCUCCAAACGUUCAUCUCUCCAAGACCUACCGCUGCCAGCCCUGCAGGCCUCGCAGGGCUGCUGCAGGGCUUGAGUGCUGCAGCAAGGCAAAGCGAGGGGGAAGGUGGGAGAGCAGGAGCAGCAGGAGCGAGCCCGUUGAGUGAGAUGAUGGGCAUGAUGGAGCGCACAGGGUAUUGGAUGGCACGUGCUGGCAUGGUGAGGGAUGUGCUGCAUGGGCUGCUGCUCAACCUCAGUGUGUUCCUCGUCGCGCUCGGCUGUGCUGUCGCUGCUGCAGAGGCUGCAGGGCAGCAUACCACGUGUGCUGCGGUGGCAUGGGGUGUGGAGGGGGCAGCGAGGCAUGGAGGGGGGCUGCUGGAGCUGUGGCAGGCAGCUUGCGGGGGUGUGCAAGAUUGGUGGACUGCGGUGUUUCAAGGGGGUGGUGUGGGAGCACGGUAG